CUUUGAGGAGAUCUACGGGCCUCCCGAGAACUUCCUCGAAGUUGAGGUAAUUCCAUCACCACUUCCCCCUUGUCUCAUCGUCCCGCUCGUCCGCAGUUUGAUAUACCACUUGAAAAACCGGUUUCGGUAGCUAUUAACCACUGUUCAAAUUGUUAUACAGGUCCGAAACCCUCAAACGCAUGGUACCUCCCGGAAUAUGUACACGUCAUACGAGAUCAUCUGCAGAACCAAUAUCCCCGCUUUCAAGUUGAAGCAUUCUGUCGUGCGCCGGCGCUACUCCGACUUCGAAUACUUUCGGGAUAUCCUGGAACGUGAAAGCACGAGGGUAACAAUACCGCCCCUGCCGGGCAAGGUCUUUACCAGUCGAUUCAGUGACGAUGUAAUCGAGCAUCGACGGGAGGGACUCCAACGGUUCUUACAGAUUGUUGCUAGUCACCCUCUGCUGCAGACGGGUAGUAAGGUGCUGGCAAGCUUCAUACAGGGUGUGUUAUACGCUAUGCUCCAAUUCAAGACAGACUGGUUCUGAUACUGACUCGCAACCAACCAG